CUUAUAUCCACACUUCUAAUUUCAGUUACUGGUUUCAACUUGUAUAUAAUUGGAGCCAUUGUCUGUCUCGUGUGCAUAUUUUAUACAUUGUUGGGUGGAAUCAAAGCGGUCGUUUUCACCGAUGCCUGGCAGGUGGUCGUGAUGUUUAUCUCCGUAGUCGUUGUGGUCAUUCUGGGUACCAUAGCAAUCGGUGAUCCAACUAUCAUAUGGGACCGAUCGGAGAUUGGUGACAGAAUUAAUUUUUUCAACUUCAACCCGUCGCUUUACGAGCGACAAACGUUUUGGGGUGUGUUGAUUGGAGGAUUCUUCUACUGGACCUCAUUCAACUCUGUCAACCAGACUAUGGUGCAACGGUACAUGUCACUGCCAAAUCUGAAGAAGGCUAAGAGGUCCAUUGGCAUGUUUACCAUCGGAAUGGCCAUUUUUGUUACCGCUUGUUGCUACGCUGGGCUACUGAUCUAUGCUUACUACUACCAGUGUGAUCCAAUGUCGGUAGGAUUUGUCCAAACGGAUGACCAGUUGUUCCCUCAUUAUGUAAUGGAAAUCGUAGGACAUCUGCAGGGGAUUCCUGGUCUGUUCAUUGCUGGAGUUUUCGGAGCUGCUCUCAGUUCACUAUCGGUAGUUCUUAAUUCUACCUCUGCGGUGCUAUUGGAAGACAUACUCAAGGGACUGUUUCGUGUGAAUCCUAGCCCAUUUGUAGCUAAUGUGUUUGUAAGAGGAAGUGUCGUCGUCCUUGGUUUAGCCGCAAUGGGCUGUUUGUUCAUAAUCGAAAAGCUUGGAGGUAUAUUGAGUGUGGCAACCUCUUUAUCGGCUAUUGCAGCCGGAACCACGUGUGGAAUUUUUACACUUGGAAUGUUGGUUCCGUGGAGUAACUCUAAAGGUGCGCUAUUUGGUGGAGUUUCAGGAGCUAUUCUAUCUGGAUGGGUUUCGUUAGGAGCUCAGCUCGCUACAGCUAGCGGUAAUAUUGUUCCACAUAAACUUCCCGUGUCGAUAGAUGGAUGUCCGGACGAUUUACUGUCAAACAGUACUAUCGUGAACCCGAUUUAUCCGGAUGAAUCAAAUGUGUUCCCACUCUACCGUCUAUCAUAUCACUGGAUUACUCCUAUCGGGGUUUUAACAGUGCUAAUAGUUGGCACUAUCGUAUCGUUCCUGACAAAUCCUAGAAAUCUGAAGGACAUCGACCCGGAGUUAAUAUCACCGAUUAUCCACCGUUUCUUGCCACAGGAAUCCUUCGGAAACUUCGGGUCGGCAUCCAAAGAAACUCCAGUUAAUUUCAGUAAGGAAAUGCGAUCGUCCUAUGGUUCUGAUUCUGCGUUCCAGAGUGCCAAAAUAAAACAAUCCCGCUAAAAAGACAAUCAGGCAACUUACUUAAAAUGUUCGGUUGAGCGAUGGAACCAUGGUACUUAAGUUUUAGUCGAGUAAAUGCAAAUUUAGCAAUCUCUUGUGGAAACAGGAUGCUUUCUUGUGCAAUAGGGUAGAAUGGGUAUGCACGAGUGCUCGUAAAACAAUAGACUGUAAAUCUUAGACGCUGUAGUAACCAUUCGAAAAUAUUGAAUUAGGCGACUAUUAGUCGCAUACUCCAAAUUUAAGUACAAUGUGCUAACAUUUGCAUAACUGCCUGUGAUACAAUCAAAUGAAUUGUUAGGAGAUAGGUGCUGCAAAGAAGGUUUUAUUUUUUAUGUAAAUAAUUUUUACAAAAUAAAAUAUUAGUAUGAAUCGAAUUUUUAAUAAAAUGUAUAUCAAUA